AUGUAAAAGACGGGCAGCAUUAAACUAGUUGCACAGUAAAACCACAAAGAAAGCUGAGCACCAAACACCAGCAGCUCCAUUUUUCAGGGUUACUUUCUGCUCUCCUGGGAACAGUUGACUUCUUAAAGGGACAGUGUUCCCAUUUAUCACCCGCAUCGCAUCGGAGAGGAUGAGUGUCACUUUAAAAGCACAUGACAGCUAAAAGUGGGGAAACAGGAGUAUGCGAGCCUAUUGUGUGCAGAAAAUUUCUGCAUUGUCAUACUACGUUGCUGCCCUUCACCGUUCAGCCUCCCCACCGAGCAGGUAGGCAGCUCCUCCGUCCGCAGUGACAAUUGGCUGGGCUCUUCUCUCUCUCUCUCCUUCGGUGUCACAGCUGCUUCCUGCUGCGCCGCAACAUCGUAGCUUCAACCGAGCUCUCGCGUGCACGCUGGUCUCGCGACGUGAAAGUCCCCUCUCUCCUUUAUCGGAAUGUUUGAAGAUUAACGAGGUUGUCCUGUGGGUUACGCUCGCUUGUUGUAGCGACUGGAAGCUCCAGGUCUGAGCAGAGCCACCACGCACUGCAGGCGGACGGAGGACCGUGGCGAGCCGGGUGGAGGGAACCCAGCGCUGUGGAAGGAGGACGGGAGAGGAGCCGGCGUUAUCAUGACUGAGAAACGGAUGUCGCGGUGGUAUUUCGGGGGGCUGGCCUCCUGCGGAGCCGCAUGCUGCACCCAUCCUCUGGACCUCGUCAAGGUCCACCUGCAGACACAGCAGGAAGUGAAGAAGAAGAUGGUUGGGAUGGCUGUGCACGUGGUGAGGAAUGACGGAGUGCUGGCUCUCUACAGUGGCCUCUCUGCCUCUCUGUGUCGACAGAUUACCUACUCCCUCACCAGAUUUGCCAUCUAUGAGACAGUCAGAGACAUGAUGGGCAACACUGGCAAAGGACCAAUGCCUUUUUACCAGAAGGUCCUGCUGGGAGCAUUUGGAGGAUUCACUGGUGGGUUUGUUGGGACUCCAUCAGACUUGGUGAAUGUCAGAAUGCAAAAUGAUGUGAAGCUGCCACCAGAGCAGAGAAGAAACUAUAAACAUGCCGUUGAUGGACUCUACAGAGUUUUUAGAGAAGAGGGUGUGAGAAGGCUGUUCUCAGGAGUCUCCAUGGCGUCUGGCAGGGGGGCGCUGGUCACUGUGGGGCAGUUGGCGUGUUAUGACCAAGCCAAGCAGCUGGUGUUGGGAACAGGCGUGAUGGGAGACAAUAUACUCACACACUUCCUUUCCAGCUUCAUAGCGGGAGGCUGCGCUACGUUCUUGUGUCAGCCUCUGGAUGUGCUCAAAACCAGGUUGAUGAACUCAAAAGGAGAGUACACAGGAGUAAUGCACUGCUUACGGGAAACAGCCAAACUGGGUCCGCUGGCAUUUUACAAGGGUCUUGUCCCAGCUGGGAUCCGCCUGGUUCCCCAUACAGUUCUCACCUUUGUUUUCCUGGAGCAACUCAAGAAGUACUUCGGCAUUCGCAUCAUCUCCUGAUCCGCUCCUUGACUCCGUCACUGCCAAUCAUGUCCUCCUUCCUCAUCCUGCUCCUCAUUAUCCACAAGAAAAGAAGGGAAAUGGGGACCUGAACAGUUGGUCAUGGUGCUUUUCCCUCUCCUUUUUUUCCUCUACCUCCAUCCCACAAGUGGAUUUACGCAACUUGUAUCGAAAACCAACAGUUCUGGUCAUUUACAUCAGAAAUGGGGGGAAAAAACAGAUUCAAAGCUGCUGGAUUGAGGUUAAUAACAUCAAUAGAAUAUUAAUCAAGUGUCAGAGAUUACUGUUAUUGUUUAAUCAUGAUGUAGUUGAGGAAACAGAGUUCAGAUCGUAUGUGUUUAACAUUACAUGUUGGUCGCGGGCAAAAUUUUAACUUCAGCUGAUUCCAAAUCACGUGCUGUUAAUCUGACCUAAAACCUAAUCUAUUAGUUGUUUGUGAUAAUUUCAGAAGUGACUCAAAGUGAGGAAUAACUGCAAACUGUAGCUUAGUUUACAAUUCUCUAAAACAAUUUAGAUUUUAUCAAGAGAGCAUGCCAUCAUCCAGAAGUUGUAAACAAACGCAGCACAGCUUUAUCAGUACCCAUCUGACCAACCUAUAAUGGAUUUACAAAGCCAUAAAUCUAAGACGCCCGUUUAUUUUCACUCAGCCAACAGCGUUGUUGAUAAAUUGAGUUCAAUAUAAAUUUUUUGUUUUUGUUUCCACCUUAUUAAUAUUUUUUUAACAAAAUCAAAACACUGACUUAUUAAAAUGUGAUUAAUUUCUUUCCGUUGCUUCCUUAAUUCAUUCCACUGUCACAUUUCACAUCACGUCUAAAAACGGAGAGGACCAAGUUUGUUUGGAUCACUUUUUACACAGACCGAGUUAAAAGAAAACUGAGGUUUUCUCCACACGUAGCUGGGUCUUUUUUUUAAAAACGAAUAUCUUCACCACAUUGUUUAAAAAAAAACAACUAAUACAGUGCACAUGGGAUCAGUUUUAGAAAAGUUUUCAGCCACAUCAACUUGCACAAAGCUGCUCCUGGCUGUUGUUUUUUUUAAACAAUGCCAAACCCAUAGGGGGGCAGUGUAGCACAAAGCUAAAACCUGUGUUGGGAAUAAUGUCAAACAAAUUAUACUAUGAGGAUUUAUUGUCGCAUUUGUUGUCCUCUUUGGUUGGAGUUUAUAAAUAAUAGAUUUUAGUGAAAUUAAACUGAUUUUUCCUGUGGAUGAAAGACCAAAAGGCAAAUUUUUUUCCACCCCAGAUAUCUGGCUACAUGUGGACUAGGCCUGAAAUGCAUAAAGACAUCUGAUAAUAUAUAAAAAGUAUUCCGUCUCCAAGAUCCUAGCAGCAUUCUAUAACUACUCUAAGGAUACGGUUUAAAAAGGCAGUAUUGUGUAAAAUCAAAAUUUUUCAGCAUUACAUUACGUUAUAAUAUUCACUCGUCAAAAACAUACCUGGAGUGCUGCCUUGAUUCUUCCAUGUAUGAUCAAGAAAUCUUUGAAUCUCCCACGGCAACCAUUUCAGGGUACAGAGCUCUUUCUCUCGCAGAGUGUUGCCUUUUACACUCGGCUCCCCUCUUGAGCUGCAGUUUCCAGUCGAGCUUCUGCCUCGCAGAGCCGUCCACCUCCUCAAGUCUCUCAAUCAGCUCCUUCAGACUAGCCAGCAGCAAUUAGCAAACACUUGGCGGAACUACUAGAGCAUUUUCAUAACAACUAAAGGUAACAUGAUUACUUGAUUGUGCUAUAAAAUGGUACUAUGUGCCUGUAAAAUACAUAAUGCUGCUUCUUUAAACAGCUCUUUUUCAGUCUGCAAUAUUGGUUUUAAAACGCGCUUUAUUUAAAACUUGAUAUAAAACUGACUGGCCUGCUUUUAACAAAGGGAUGACAUUUAAGAUUAAAAAUAUUCAAACUGAAAAUGUGGAUGAAUCCAGUUUCAAAUGUUUUUCUGUUUCUUUCACUCAUAAGAUGUAAAGAAUAUCUUCCCUCUGCAGCCAUGCCUGCUCGAGUCUUGCUGCCUUAUAGUAUCUGUCCUGUAGGGGGCAGUGUUGUUACAUGUGAAUUGUCCUGUUUUAUGCACCCAAGAGGUUUUCUAUCUUCAUCUCAGGAUGAAACUUGUGUCAUCUACUGUAUUUACAUUCACUGAAGUGGAACUGUUGGGACAGUUAUGGGUCAGUAAGUUUUAAUAUUGUAGAUCUUUCACUAAUUUGAGAAUUAAAGGACUAAUUGAAACUGUG